AUGCCUCCAAGACUCGUCCGAUUCCAGACUGCCAUCCCUAUUAAACUCAGUCACAAACUCCCUUCAAACCUGCACCAGAACCGUACCAGCACCACCAUCAUCAACAUCACAAACCCCGCCCGGAGCUACCACCCAUCCUCGCCGUCCAGCAUGCGCAUUCCGUACGUCCCGAACCCGCCUCCGGCAUCGACUCCCGAGGCCGACAAGGCCGUGUACGAGCGCGUGGCGGCCCGCCGCGCCCCGCGGCCGCUGCAGCCUCUGGACCUGGCGCUGCUGCACAGCCCGCCCGUGGCCGACGGGUGGAACUCGUUCCUGGGCGCGGUGCGGACGCGGACGAGCCUGGCCGCCGACCUGCGCGAGCUGGCCAUCUGCCGCGUCGCCGUCGUCAACACGGCCUGGUACGAGUGGAUGCACCACGCGCCCCUGGCCCGCGAGGCCGGCGUCGCCGAGCGCGCCAUGGAGGACUUUGUCAAGCGCACCGAGCCGCUCGUCGGCCCAAACCCCUCGCAGAACGGCCUGCUCUCGGAUAGGCAGUGGGCGGUGCUGAGGUACACGGACGAGAUGACCCGCACCGUGCGCGUCGCCGACGAGACCUUUGACCUGCUCAAGAGCCUCUUUUCGGAGCGUGAGGUUGUCGAGAUCACGGCUACAAUUGCGUGUUAUAACUGCGUGAGCAGGUUCCUGGUUGCGCUGGAUGUCGGGGAGAAGAAUAGCGUAGGGCCCGAUGACAGCGCGCACUAAGUGAACCAGUCAAGACAGUUCACAUGUGUUACUCCAUGUCAGCGUUUACUUGGUACCCGUAGGUACAAGCAGACACGGUCGGUAUUGUACAUUGCCAUAAUAGAAGACAUGUUAACUACUGACGGAAAAAUCGACGUCAUGAUAAAAGUUUCCGGCGUGUUACUUCGCCUAGCUAUCAAACAAAUAGUCGAAUCGUUUCAGUACAUGUCAAGUCGUGAAUACAUACUACCCAAAACCUGUUCCUCUCCUGCCAUCAAAGGAAACGGCAGUAACAACCGUCGAUUUCUGUGGGCAGAUAAAGCAAAACAUAAUUAUGCAAACAAAAGGAGAACUCGUAAGCCCAACUCGACCUAGUUGCGAGUACGAAGUGCAGACGCUACAAGAAAAAUAAAAAGCAGAGAAACCGAUAAAGCCCCAUAUAUAAAAUCGAAAACAAGUAGGAAAUAUUCUUGCUGAACAUCAGCAAGAGGUAUCAAUCAAAUCAUAAGAAAACACAGUUAAACGAAGUGCGGUAGACGAUAAGGCCUGAUAUCGUGUGUUGAACCGGCAGACGGUAGUAGCGCCAUCUCGAGAUUCGGGGUCGCAUAAGCCAGGUGUGCCACACCCAGACCUGAAGUUGUUGAACAAAAACGGGGGAAAAAAAAAGGAUGAGAAGGUGGCCUUAGUUGUGUUGGAAAGCGAUUCUGAGGAAUGUUUUUUUUUUUUUUUCUCACUCAAUCUCCAUCUGCGCCGCAACGUCUUCACUCACGGCCCGAACAGUUCCCUUCUUGAUGCCAUUGGCGUCAGAAGUCGGCAUUUUCCGGCCGCGUUCAGACUCGUCGUCAUCAAAAUCGGUGUCCAUCUCGUCUGCUUCUGAGUAGCCGUCGCCCAUGCUCUCAUUGUCGUCAAAGUCUCCACGGUAUUCGUCAAAUUCCCCAUCUGCUGUGCGGUUCCAGACCAUGCCGUCGUCCAUGUCGUCGUCCGAAUCUGAUCUUAUCCGCUCGGCAAUGCUGUCACCAAACCAAAAUCUCGCGCGCUUGUUUGCGCCUUUCAGAGACGAUGACAAGCCACCAUUUUCCCAGUCGUCUUCAUCACGACCGACGGCGAGACUUCCGACCGCGCCCGCAUGGGUACGAUGAGGCGGGCGGUACGGGGGCUCGCUGUGGCUGCUGGUUACAGGGACUCCCCUCACAUGAAGAUACGCAACACGCUUGAGCUGCUUGUUGAAGAAAAAGUAGUGCAGCGCCCAAAUUGCGCCCUCCUCUUCGUCAAAGGGGUUCUCAGCGGGCUGGUAGCUGAACACAUUGCAGUCGUCAAGCGCCAUCUCCUUGUCAAUGGUGGCCCACAUCUGUGGUCCCCAGACAGGGUCGGUGUUUGUGCUGUCGGAUCCGCAGGUAAGACUCUUAGACAAGGAAUAAUCCAUCCCCGGGUUGGCAGGUCGUACAUUGCCCAGUGUGCUGUCAAGGUUGUUCAUAACCCUUCUCAAGUUCUUCUCCCUCUUGAAAUCACUGGGCCUCAGAACAUGAGAGAAGUCAUAAUCUGGGUGUGAUGCAUUGAGUGUUGCAAUUAUGUAUGCAAAUGUGCGACGGCUUGAGAUGUCUGCGAGCGAGCCGAAGGGACUGGAUCUUGACAGGUUCAAUGUCGAGGCCAUCUCGGCGCGCUGUGGUGGGCUGAGACUGGCGCCGAACUUUAAAAGCGACUCGUGUUGGCUCUCAAGAGAUCCAUCGAUGCGUUUGUACAACUUCUUGUCCUGCCCUGUAGGCUUCGUGGUGUACAGGUCGCAACCGCCGGAUACAUGACAAUCGGGAGUAUCGAAAUUGAGCGCACUCGUGACGGUCACAAAGUCGGGAACCGGUAUGAACUGCAUGCAGCAAGGUGUUGAGUCUUGGGUGAGCGACAAAAUGGAAGAGCCCAGGACAUCCGUCGCAUCGGUCCCUCAGGUCCAGUCCUGCGGUCUGGAACAAGACGGUCGCAUCAAUCAAGCGACGUCGUCAGGCGCAAACCACAGGCCUGUCUGCCACCGAGGAGAGAAAACUGGGGAAGUAUGCGCACCUUCAUUGUAUAUGCACUGCAGGCGAGCCUGUCGAUAGAUGGUAUUUGUAUGUGAUGUUAUGAAUGAAAACGAUUGUCCAGCCGUUGGUUGAACUUGUGACAGGCAGUGUCGCAAGAUGUGGUGGUGUUAUGAUGAUGUCAGCGGAAUCGGCGUACCGCGCUUGCGCUUGAAUGUUGGCUGGUAAACAGGCGCGGGCGAUCUGUUGCGUGCAAAUGUUUAAAGGGUCGUUUCAAACUAUGGACGGUUGACCUGCAACUAAGAGAAGUCGAAGUUUCAAGCGAACAAAGUGGUUGGGUCGAUUGUCGUAUGUGGCUGCUUUGUAUUGUCCAAACUGAUCUGCUGAUUCGGGGAAGUAAUGCACAAGUAAGUAGGCAGGCCCCCCUGUCCAAGAAUUCGUGGACAGGUUUGUUGUUUGAGAUAUGGAAGCCAACAGCGGUGUAGAAGAAUGAAUGCUUCUAACCACUUGAAAUCGUUUCGCGAUAAGGAUAGCCAAGUUGUUUGAACAGUUGACAGCGGUAUGAUAGUGUUUUGGAGACCGAAGGACUGCGGGGAAUAAUAUGCAUGGACAUCUGUUCCUCGAGUUGUAAGGUAAGGCAUGUACGUAGUGCCGGGAACGGCGGAUUUGAUGGGGAUGCUUUGUUCCCGGUUAGCUUAAAGAUAAGUUGAAUGGCCUGGUGGCAGA